GCUUUGGCCAUGCCUCCCCUCCCUAACCCCCUCACCCUGGCACUGCUACAGCUCACAGUAUUCACCUAUGUGAGCGCCGGGGCAUACUAUGGGCACAAGCAACACCCUCAGCCACCAUAUCAGCAUCACCUUCAACACAUGGGAAUGGGCAAGGAAGGCUAUCCUCAACAGCAGUACCUUGGCAAAGAGGUGCCUUACAUGCAGUAUCCCAACUACAGGAAGGAGCUACCCCAGAUGCCAAUGCACAAAGGCAAAGAAAAUCCCCGCAAAGGAGGCGGCUAUAAUGGUGGUCAAGACAAAGGUCAGACGAUUCCAAGUGGAGCAGAGGGAAUUCCCCAAGGAGAGCCAGGCCCAGCUGGACCCCCUGGCCCUGAGGGUCCAGCAGGACCUCCUGGACCUCCAGGAAAUGGACAACCAGGACCUGCAGGAAGACCUGGACCUCCUGGUCCACCAGGAGUACCGGCUGUUGGAAAACCAGGUUUGCCAGGGCUACAGGGCAAGCCAGGGAUAAAUGGGGAGCCUGGACCCCAAGGAGAAAUGGGUCCAAGGGGUGAAGAAGGGCCAGCUGGACAACCAGGGCCUCAGGGUCCCCCAGGACCACCUGGCCUGCCAGGAAUAGGUAAGCCAGGGGUACAGGGAUUACCUGGCCAACCAGGGUUGAAAGGUGAGCCAGGGCACAAAGGACUUCCAGGACUACCAGGAUUACCUGGACCCAAAGGAGACAAAGGGAUGGGUCUGCCUGGCCAACCUGGCCAUAAAGGCUUCCCAGGGCCCCCAGGCCCAGCUGGUCCAAGAGGGCUGCCUGGUUUUGGAAAGCCAGGUUUGAAUGGGGCACCUGGGCCACAGGGACCACCAGGAGAGAAAGGCCAUCCCGGAGAGCCAGGACCAGCUGGACCACCUGGUGAUGGAGGACAACCUGGUCCACCGGGUUUACCUGGUCAAGGGAAGCCAGGUCAAAAUGGUCUGCCAGGGCAGCCAGGCAUGCCAGGUGUAAAAGGUCAUCCAGGACCCCCAGGUUUGCCAGGAAAACCAGGACUUCCAGGAUUUGGUAAACCAGGUCUUCCAGGGCCAAAGGGUGAUAAAGGUAUGGGUGGUCCACCUGGAGUUCCAGGACCAAAAGGAGACAAGGGCCACGGAGGACUUCCUGGUAUGCUUGGACCCCCUGGACCCAAUGGCCCACCAGGUCCCCCUGGCCCCAUGGGACCCCCAGGAGGUGCAGGUGUACCUGGCCCAAAAGGAGACUGUGGAGAAGGAGGACCAAAAGGUCUUGACGGAGCUCAGGGGGAACAGGGUGCACCUGGGCUACCUGGUAAGGAUGGUCUUCCUGGAGAGCAAGGGGAGCCUGGUCCAAGAGGUCCCCCUGGACCAAGUGGUCCCAAAGGAGAAAAUGGACACAAAGGUCUACCUGGUAACCCUGGCCCCUCAGGACCUCCUGGGCUAAAAGGACAAAACGGAAUACCUGGUGAAGUAGGACCCCAAGGCCCUAAAGGAAUCCCUGGAAUGGAUGGUGCAGCAGGACCAAUAGGGCCUCCUGGUCUUCCAGGGCUGAAGGGAGAUAUUGGUCUUCCUGGUCCACCAGGUGUUGCUGGUGAGGGCAUUCCAGGUCCUACUGGUCCCAUAGGACCUCCAGGUAAAGAGGGUCCAUCAGGAUCCCCCGGGCAACCAGGUCAGCCUGGUCCUCCUGGACCUCCAGGCCCACCUGGAGAAUCUCCUGAAAUGGCUGGAGUGCUUUCUCAGAUGGGCCCUGGAUUAGAUGGUGUGAAGGCUGGUAGUUAUGGUAAAAUGGGCAAGUAUGGAGGCAAUGGUGCAGAAGUAAUGGGUCCCAGUGGUUUGGAAAUGCCAGCAUUUACAGCUAUAAUAACGACCCCUUUUCCACCAGUGGGCACUCCAGUUGUCUUUGAAAAGCUUCUGUACAAUGGCCGCCAAAACUACAACCCCGAGACAGGAAUCUUCACCUGUGACAUGCCUGGUAUUUACUACUUUGCUUACCACAUUCAUUGUAAAGGUGCUAACGUGUGGGUGGCCUUGAUGAGGAACAACGAGCCAGUGAUGUAUACAUAUGAUGAAUACAAGAAGGGAUUCCUGGAUCAAGCAUCAGGGAGUGCAGUAUUACCUCUACAACCUGGGGACACUGUGUAUAUUCAGCUGCCCUCAGAUCAGGCAUCAGGACUUUAUGCUGGGCAGUAUGUGCACUCGUCCUUUUCCGGGUAUUUGUUAUAUCCGAUGUAA